AUAAAAUAUAUAUCUCCUCGCAUGGCAGAAUUGUUUGACCAGAACAGUAAUGAAGAGCCCCAGGCCGACCCCCUCCGAGAAGAUGAGUUUGGUGUCCAGCCAGACUCAGAACAAGUCGAUGUCAACCAGGACUCCCCUGCUGACGGCGGCAACGACUUCUGGGGAGGCGACUUCGGAGGGGGCAACAGCAACAUGGACCAGCCCGAAGGCUCUAACGACGAUCACCUAGGCGAAGUAUCAGACGUCCACCAGCAGCAGGUCCAGGUGGUCAACAAGCCCAAGGUCGGCCAUGCUUUCGAAGCUCCACUUAGCGAAGAAGAAGAACUCAGGAUCCAGCAGAUUGAGCAAGAGCAAAUGGACAGACAGAGAGCUCUCCAACACAAAGAGGAAGAAGAAUACAAAGACAAGAAAGCCAAACAGGCCGCAGCCAGACAAGAGCUCGACGACUGGUACCAACAGAAGAAUACAGAGAGACAAGCCAGGAGUAAGCAGAACAAGGAAGAGGAAUGGGCCUAUCUCCAGACUCGUGAGGAACACAAAAAGUCUAAGAAUCCUUGGGAGAAGAUCGUUGAUAAUGUUGAAAUCAAUCCUACUAAGUACCUCGGCAAGAAGGAUGUCACCAGAAUGAGACAAGCCAUGCUUGCCAGGAAGGGAGAUUUGAAGGAGGGAAGACUAUAAUCGCAAACCUCGCAUGUUCAUCCAAUCCCCAUAACUAAUUAAAUGAGCAGGAAAGACAAUCAAUUC